UGCCAAGGAAAGAUGAGAGUUGCAAAUCCAUGCCCUUACUGGGAAGACAUGGAGCGCUAUGGACACAGUCUACACGAAUCCAGUAGGAAUCUCAACUAAAGACGUACAUAUUUCUUCAGAGAAGAAACAAACGUUUUGAGAGACUGAGAGGAAAGAACGGGUGGCCCGGGUGAGGAUGGAGUGUGUAUUUGACGCACAGAAUCUGAUCUCCAUCUCUUUGAGGAAAAUCCAAAGCUCCAGGACGCAGAGAGGAGGCAUCAAGCUCCACAAGAACUUACUGGUAACGUACGUACUGAGAAACGCUAGGCAGUUUUAUAUGAGCAAAAACUUGUCGCAGACGCAGAGGACGCAUCACUAUGAGGAUGUAUCUGCGGUCCGUGAAAGGCAAGACUAUUUCGAAUUGACUGGGAGCUUAACGGAGUUGGGCGAUGACUUCUACUGCAACUUUACUGGGGUUGAGUCGGACACUUGGCACUGCGGAGCGCACCAGCCCAACGGCCAGCCUGCAGAGGUGCCGCACCAAGACGCAUCUGCCUGCGCAAUGCUUUCACCAAGUGACUCAGACCUCAUGGUUUCGGAAGCCUGUUGGAGUUGUGCGGACAAAUCAUCCUGGGAGUUACCUAUCCUAAACGCACAAGCCAACCAAAAGACUGUCCUGGACUUGGACACGCAUGUGGUGACUACUGUCACGAAUGGAUACUUUCACUCAGACUGUUGCGCGCAGUCAAAACAGCCGCAGGGCGCGCAGUGCUACACUAAAAAGCGAAAGAUGGACACAAGUUAUCAUAUAGUUGAUCCAGAGUUUUAUUUGCCAGACUUUGGACCAGUGCCGUUUAAAAGGAUGAGGACUGAUGAGGAUUUACAUUCAGACUCGGACCAGUUGGACAGCACAAACAUCUCCAACCUGAUCUCAGUGUUGGGUUCAGGUGGACUAUCUGAGUUUGUGAGUUGGCAGCAGACGGACCUUGAGCAAAUAUUCGCCGCUCAGACAAUUUGUUUAAAACAUACACUGUUAACGGGCAGCGGUUGGACCAGAGCAAUCGAAGCAUUUUGAUUUGUACGAUUGUUUUUCUUUGUAUCGUUUUAUUGUAUUGCUUUCAAAUAAACCAUGACUGCAAUUCUCUCUCUCCUCUGUUAUUUAAAAAUGUUGACGAAAUGUGAUGAUAUGGAGCAAUCCUGUUCAUUUCGGAAUACUUUUGCACAUGUAACACUUCUCGUGCCCAACUGAUUACAUUUCUUCGCAAAGUAUUUCAAUUAAUUGUACCUCUUCUUUAAACCUUAUUUUCUGGUGAUUAAUUUGGGGGUACUGGGGUCUGUCUUUGGUUUGUAUUUCCUGAAGAAAUGAGUUCACACUGUUUCUCUGGAAGGAUGUUGGACGAGCUCCAUCAUGUGGCCAGUAAAGAUCUGUACAGCCUCAUGCAUCAGGCAGCAUAUCAUUCUGUACCUAAAUGUAUUAUUUAUAUCAGGGCCUGCUUUUAUUAAUCAAUAAAACUGACAACAUUUAAAAA